AUGUUCUUGUUGCCCAUUCCCCACCAAUAUAAGCCCAGCCUCGAGGAAAGCCAUGCUUUUUAUGCAGGCCCUGCAGCCAGCUGGUCUCCAAGGCCCCUGGGACUCCACAGUGCCACCCAAGCCCUGUAUGCUGGGCUGGCUCUCCACCUGGCUCCUCUGGGCAACAGCUUUGUCACCCUGCACGGAAAGAACAGUGACGGUUUUAACAUCAUGGUGAGCGACUGCCGCAGCAGGGAGCAGAUGAACGAUUGUUCAUGCACUGCCUCCCUGGUGUUUGGCUUUUGGAUAGUCUAACCAUGCUGCUUCCUGGAUUUCUGCAACAAUCCAACAAACAGGAAGACCACUAUGCACUAG